UGUUUAAUUGAUGUUAAUAGAAGAUUAUUAUAAAUUCUAAAGUGAUAAAACUAUUUGUUACAUGAAAAUAGGGGAAAUAUGACUAAACUUGUUAAGUUUUUGUACGUUAUGGCUAUCUUUCUCUCCGUUAUUUUUAUUGCAAUGAAUGAUAAUCCUGUUAUUAGAUGUAUCACUGAUUUAAAUUGUCCACCAGACAUGUGCCCGUCUAAUAAGAUUGCAAAGUGCAAGGACGCUCAUUGUAAAUGUAUGCAACUACAAUCUCAUGGACGUGGUAUUUUUUUCCCACAUGACUAUGUAUUUACUGCCAGUUCCAAGAGAAUAUACAAACAACAUACUAAAAUGUUAUAUGAGUUGUCAUUUAGUAAUUAUGCUGGCACCUAGUAAUUUGAAUUUGAUUUUUUUUUUCUAAUUUCAAUAAAUUUGUGAUUAUGGCAUUGUAAUCUAAAAUGAUGAUAAUGAAAUAAAAAAAUACCAUAAAUAAUAAUAUUAUUUGAGUAAA